AAGCGUCUUUUAUUUUUUAGCUGUUACGACGGAGUUUGUUACUUGCAGAUUCUCUUUGUAGUUAGUAUUGUCGCUGGUAUCAUGUAUUAAAGUAUGAACCGCCUUGGAAUGUUAUCAGAAUUCUAAUGCUCUGAAGUAGUGUUUCCCGAAAAACCUUUAAAAAAGUCAACGGAACUCCCGCCUCCGAAAGCAAGACCUUCAAAAACGAGAUUAUGAUUUCUUAUUUUUAGCUGUAUAUGCUGUUUGUUGAAGCUUGUGACGUAUUGCAUCUAUCACAAAAUCUGUGGAUGUUCAGGGUUUUGUUAUCCGUAUCUUUGCUCCUGAGGAAAAUUAUCAUAGUAAUGUUCAAGGUCGUGGAUGAGGUGAUGUAAAAGAAGCCCGGGACAUGGAAUGUGAAGAGCAUGGAUAAUGAGCAGCCACAUCAAGAGCAUGUGAAAUGCGUGGUGGUAGGCGACACUGCAGUGGGAAAGACCCGACUGAUUUGUGCCCGGGCGUGCAAUGCCCGACUCACCCUCAGCCAGUUGCUCACCACACACAUACCUACAGUGUGGGCUAUCGACCAGUAUCGAAUUUAUAAAGAGGUACUUGAACGUUCAUGUGAAGUUGUUGAUGGAGUAAAUGUGUCACUUAGAUUAUGGGACACAUUUGGAGAUCAUGAUAAAGACAGGAGAUUUGCAUAUGGAAGGUCAGAUGUGGUGCUUCUUUGCUUUUCAAUUGCAAAUCCAAUGUCAUUACGGAAUUGUAAAGUGAUAUGGUAUCCUGAAAUUCGAAGGUUUUGUCCUAGCACUCCAAUUGUUCUGGUGGGCUGCAAAAAUGACUUACGAUAUAUGUAUAGAGAUGAACAAUUCCUCAGCCUGUGUCGUGAUCGCAGUCCAUUUUUUAGGGGCAAUCAUCCUUGUGUGUCAAGCAGAUUUCCAGAAUUUGGAAGACCUUUGAGAGAAAGUGACAUAUUGUCACCAGAACAAGGAAGAUCUGUUGCAAAAGAAAUUGGAGCUCCAUAUUAUGAAACUAGUGUAUUGACUCAUUUUGGUGUAAAUGAGGUUUUUGAAAAUGUUAUUCGUGCAGCAUUGCUUGCUAGAAGACAACAGCGUUUCUGGAUGACAAAUCUGAAGCAUGUGCAACGUCCCCUGUUGCAAGUUCCAUUCUGUCCACCUGAACCCAGGCCUCCAGAAGUCAUUGUGCCACCUCCACAGUUUGAAGAUGAUAUGUUAUCUUUACUUAAUAGCCAAACUUACACAGAUGUUAUUUUUCUCACUGGAAAAGUGGGUUUUGCCGCCCAUAAAUCAGUUUUGUCCGCUGUUUGCAACUCUCUUUACAAGUUGUUCACCCUUGAUCUGUCUUCAGAUGCAACUCUUGGGGGACGAAGUGCCAGUGAUUCCAGUGUAGUUAGUUCAUCAGAUAGUUCUGUGGGAAAUUUUAAUACAGACACUGAACAGUUAUUGACAGAGAGCCCACAUUCUGUAAUCACCUGUGCCUCUUUCUGUUUAUCUCGAAGUCACCAUAAUGCAAACCAGAACAGUACUGGUGAAUCUCACCAUCACGGUGCUGUGCGUAGACGUUCUAGCUGCCAGAUUCAUCCAGAAUCUGCAGCUCAUGCAUCUGCUUGUGUAACUACAGGAAUUCGAAGAAUCCUUGAUCAUCGAGCAUUUCAGUGCAUAAGUAUUGAACGAUGCGAAGGGCUUGAUCAUCGGGGAAGGGUCACAUCUUCUAUUCAAACCAUUGUUACUUUAAGUAAGAUUAUAACUCCAGGAGCCAUGCAGAGUUGUCUUAGAUUUCUUUACACUGGAGGCUUAGAUCAUAAGAUGUGUAUAAAUAUGACUGAGCUGUUAGAUGCAGCCGAACUUAUGGACAUACCAGAACUUCAGACUUUUGACCGGGAGUUGUGCUCUCCUGUGCAGCUACUUAUCGGCAGUGGGCAACACUUGCAGAAGGAGCUAAGUUCUGAGCUGCAUCAGAAGUUUGCGCAGAAAGUUAGAAAUAGAAUGCGAGAGGUCUGUUUGCACCAGGGGCUAUUUUCAGAUGUCUAUUUUCAACUUGAAGAUGGCCUUUGUUGUGCACACAAGCCUAUAUUAAUGGCUCGUUGUGAUGUGAUGGCUGCCAUGUUUCGUGGAGAUUUUCGAGAAAGUUCGGCAAAAGUUGUGCAUUUUCCUGGUGUGACAAAGUGCUGCUUCCAGCAACUCUUAGUGUACCUGUAUACUGAUGAAAUUGAUGAUUCUGUGAAUCCCUCCAAUUGUCUAGAACUUUUGGAACUUGCCAAUCGACUGUGUCUACCCAGAUUGGUUGGUCUUGUAGAAGCGCAAGUUAUUCGUGAACUUGUGAAACUUUCCAAUGCUGGCGUUGAUGCUACAGAACAUGCUUUACGCUUGUUGGAACCUUGUCAAAUGCAUAAUGCAGAUCAGUUAGCUGACUGGUGCUUGUAUUACAUUGCAGUAAAUUAUAAUGACAUUUGUCGUAAGACACCGAAACUGCUUCGUAAUCUUCAUCCAGAAAAUCAAGCUUAUUUAAAUAGAAAUAGAUGGCCUCCAGUAUGGUAUCUGAAGGAAUAUGAUUACUAUGAACGGUGUGUUAGAGAGCGACAGUGGCAAGAAAAGCCGCCCAAAGUGUUCAAGCGUCAUAGAAAUAAUAGCACAAGUGGUUGCCUUUGUUUUACUGGACGAAAUAGGAACAAUGACUCCAAACGUGCCUAUCGCACCGUCUGAGGGGCGUUAUGAAGGAAUAUGCAUUCCUUAUUGCAUGUUCAUUAUUGACUUUGAGAAAUGAACAUUUUAUCUCAACUGGUUGGGAUGAUGCAUUUUUUUCUUGUCAUUUGUCCGUUGUAUAUUUUACAUGGACUCAAAUGUUUUUCUUUUUUGUAAUAUUGUGCUUUUAAAUGGUCCGGCACCAUCUCACUGUGUCAUUAAUCCAUUUCAUCCUGCUUUUUGGAAACUUCUGCUUAAGUUUGAACUGUUCACGAGCUUUAGGAUGUCAAAAUUCUCAUCUGCUUCAUAUUUUUGCCAGAAAUGAGGAACCUAAUUCUGUAAUGUUAUUAUUUUGAGAUAGGAAAUAUGAAAAAUUUGCUUUCAUUAUGCAAAAUGUAUUUUUUAACUAUUGUACUGGUUUAAUUACUUUAGAACCCACAUUUCUGGGAGAGGGAUUUUCAUGUUAAAUUAUGGUUUCUGAAAGAAUACCUAAUAUGUUCAGAGAGAUUAUGUAAACUGUUGGUAGAUUUUUAUUAUUAUUGUAUGAAUUUAGUUAUAAAAUGUGAACUAUAUAGAAAUGUUCUGAACGCUUGGUAUGUUAAAUAUUUGACUGUUGUUGUUGUAAUAUUUGUUAACUAAUCUGUGGCUUUAUAAAGUUGGAUAAAAAUUUUAAUGUGAUAGAUAUGGUAAUGUAUAUUAUGGAUGACACUCACCUGAAGUAAUGCAGUGCUUAGCAAUUAGUGUUGAAUAAAUAUUUAUAUUAUUCCUUGCACAUGCUUGUAAUUUAUUGUGUAGCAUAUUUUAACAACAAGCAAAUGUACUAUGUAAUACUGCUGGUCAGUAUAUCCAUUAGCUUAUAGGAGAAUCUUCAGAAAUGGGUUUUUUUAAUUUUGUGUAUUGACUUAAGUUUCGUACUUCAUACAGCUUUUUCAUUUGAGUUUAUAAUGUGUUCAAAUAAUGACUGUGAUCUUUUCACAUUUUAAUUUUGUUCUCUGUUUCUUUUUGUUCUUAUAUGUACAGCAAUGUUUACUCAAUAUUUGAACUUCUGUGUUGUUUAUCUCAGAAGUUAAAAAGCCCUGUUUUAAUAUCUAAGUAGUCAUUUUGCUGCAUUUUCAAUAUUAUAUGUCACAAUUUGGCUUGUUAAAAUAUAAGUUGGUAAUGUAAGGUGAAUGGAAUGAACUUCUAUUGUGAUUCUGAUAACUGUCAGAAAAUUGUAAGCUAAUGUGUUAUUGAAAAGUGCCCUGAAAUUUGUAUUUAAAAAAAAUGAAAGUUUUUUGUAGCAAACAGUAGAGCCUCUGUUACUCGGUCUCAAAACAUAAUUAAUAAUUUUAAAUAAAAUUUAAUAAAAAAUAUUUAAAUAUUUAUAAGAGCCUUAUUUGCUGUAUUUUAUUAAUGCUUUCAUUAAUUUUUAGUAAAGGCAGAACAAUCAGAUACUAUGAAAAAAAUCUGAAAGCUCCAAUUGUUUUUGUGGUGGGAGGGGUUUGUUAUUUGAAUCUCAAAUCCUAACAUUUAAAGAAACUACUAAAAACUAUUUUUAAAGAUUAGCUUUAUUUAGGCCCAGUGGAUGCACUGAUUAAAAGAAUAUGGAUUUUGCAAUUUCACCUGUACUUUUAUCAUCAUCAUUUAUUUGCAUGCUAAAAGUGUUUUAGUGCUUUGAUGAAUCCUUCAAAUAAACAACACUUCUGAUAUAUA